GCAGAGCGCUCGUGGCACAUCAGGACGGAGCCGGGACACCAGCCGACAUGACUUCAUCCUCUCUGUUGCUGAUCUUCUUCAUUGGCCUCAUAGAGGUCCAGUAUGGUGAUGCUGGACCUCCUGAGUGCUCUUCUGGCCCAGACAACAUCAUGAUGGAGAUCAGAGCGUUGAAAGAAGCUAUGGAGGCCAGAGAAGUACCAAAAGUAGCCUUUUCUGCCAGAACGUCAAAAGACGGAGCCUAUGGAAAUCUUAAAGAAGAUACAAUCCUGACCUACAAUGCAGUGAUAACAAAUCUUGGGAAUGCUUACAAUCCAGCCACAGGGAUCUUCGCUGCGCCUGUCAAAGGCCUGUAUUACUUCACCUUCUUUGCUCACGGUGGAGGAGAGGACCGCAUUCGACUAGUACUCAAGAAGGAUGGGGCUGUUGUUGUCGACAUCCACGACCACCCAUCAAGCGCUGAUCCUGCUGAUAAUGCUGGCAACGCCGUGUUCCUGGAGUUAGAACAGGGGAACCAAGUGUAUGUGACCAUUUUGGCAAACUCAGCUGUUUGGGCAGAUGGAUUUGCUACCACUUUUAGUGGAGUGCUGCUCAGUAAGUCCUGAGCGUCUUUUUUUUAAGACUCAAUUGGUUUAUGUUUAUUGCAGAUGAUGAUACAGAAAAGUUAACCCCUUUGUGAUUUAUGCGAAUGGCUUACCAUAAUCACUUUACAAAAUAAAAAAUGUUUCUCUAUAAAA